CGUCCCAAAUAGACGCCGACGACCAAUCAGCGCCUCGACGCUCUCUCCCCCAUUGAAAACAAUUUCCGCACGAUGCGGAGUCCUUUCAAUCUGACGUUUGACAGUAGUGCCGGUUCCGUUUACGCAAGAAGUUUCGGUAAAUCCUCAGUGCAAAAGAAACCCGAGAAGAAAUAAACUCCCCGCCGUAAGAAUACUUAAAGAAAAUAACUCGCAAAAAUCCCACAUACAAAAUCUGAAAAAAAUUGUUCAAAACGUUAAGUUAUGGAUCUUGGAAAUACGAAUAGUAAUUUUGGAGAUACAGAGAAAAUUCGAGAAAUUCGACGAGAAGGUGAUUCCGUUGAUGAUUUCGAACACUUAGGACAUGACGUUUCACCCUUGGUGGAAAUUCCUAGACCGUUGUUGGACGCCGGGAAAAUCGAUAAGGUUGUAGAGAAUACUAGCGCCACCGUUGGCGACGGCGCUAAUCAACUGGGUUUGUUCGAUACGAAGAAGGCAGAAGCUGUUUCACCUAAAAUGGACACGAAUUUACUUGACCUCGUCGAUACUAUUCCGGAUAGAAAGGAAGCAGACGCCAAAUUGGAUAAGUUUUUAAGCGAAUUCACAACACCCAGUGAGAAACAUCUAAAAGAAGCUGUUAAAGAAACCACCGAUUCCAUCAAAGAAUCAAUGAUGGACGACUUUAAAUCCGCCUCCCAAAACUUUAUGGACAUGGAACGAGGUUCUUUAAGUACCAACUCCCAAAACAACUUCCAACCGAACGAAACAACUGUGGAUGAUCUUAUGGAACGAUUUUCUGAUAGUGAUCCUGAGGAUGAUUUUAAAUUAACCAAGGAAGACAUAGCGAAGAGCAACGAUCAUAUAAAAGGUGAUUUAUUUAAGGAUUUAGACGAUUUUGAGCUUCCAAAAACGAUCCAAAAUCCAAUUGAAACCGAAAAAACUCAAAAAAUUGAGAAAAUUGAAAAAAUCGUUGAAUCUAAAAGCAAAACUCCGGAACCGGAACUAGAUUUGAUCUCUUCAAAAUCCGACACUAUUAAACUUGAUAAAUCGAUUUCAAACGAUAAAAUGAUUUCCACUGAUAGAGAAAUUUCCACUCCAAUUCUUCCAAAAGAAUCUGAACAAUCCAUAAUCGAAAAAGAUGAACCGAUUAUUCUUAGUAAAUCGGUAGAAGAUGUUGUUGAAGUCUUAAAACCCGUAGAAAAAGAAUCUAAAAGUGAAGAAAAAAUCGACAAAAUUGAAAAACCGGAAAAAACUGUUAUCCAAGCUGAAGCUAUGUUCUGUAAAAUGGGUCUUGAUGCUUGGUUUAUCCCAGAAAAAUUAAACCCUAGAGUGGCCGAUUUAGUUUACUGGAGAGACCCCAAAAAAUCCGGUCCAGUUUUUGGAGGAGUUCUCGUCGUACUUUUGGCGCUCACCUAUUUCUCGUUAAUCAGCGUAAUAGCUUAUCUAUCCCUGUUAGGUUUAACGGGAACGAUCUCGUUUAGAGUCUAUAAGAAUAUCAUUCAAGCGGUACAAAAAACCGGAGAUGGACAUCCAUUUAAAGAAUUUUUGGAUACUGAUCUUUCGUUGCCGCAAGAAAAAGUUGAAGAAAUCUCGAAAGUAGCGGUGGCUCAUUUUAAUGCAGCUAUGGUGGAGUUGAGGAGGCUCUUUUUAGUGGAAGAUUUGGUGGAUUCGAUUAAAUUUGGUGUGCUCCUUUGGUGUUUAACGUAUCUUGGUCAUUGGUUUAAUGGAAUGACCCUAAUUAUUAUUGCAUGGGUAGCUUUGUUUACACUUCCGAAAGUUUACGAAACCAAUAAGGCUCAAAUCGAUGCCAAUAUUGAUAUCGUUAGAAAUAAACUGGAGGACAUUACGUCGAAAGUUAAAGCUGCGAUACCUAUAGGAAAGAAACCGGAAGAGAAGAAACAACAAUAAAAAAAUAUAUAAACGGUCGUGUUUUUAACUAUUAAAAGUCAGUCGUCGUCAUCACUAAUAAUUACAAAAAAAAGUACUACUGUAACUUUGAGAAAACAAAGAGCAAAAAACGUUUUGUAAAUA